ACAUUCUUUCAGUAGCAAACAUUGUUGUCACAUUAAACCAGCGAGCUAGUUUACAAAAUAGUAUUAAUGUGCUCAUUGAAGAGAAGCGACCCGUAUGAACGUUUUAUUGAAUUCAGUUAGCUAGCUUGGAAACGUACACCGCAGUUAAUACAUGUUUGUAAGAGUUUCAUUUACUCGCCAACUAACCGUAGCCUUAAUGCUAGGUUAGCUAAUUUCCGUGUUCACUAGCUUAAUUUAGCUAGUUAAGAAGCUGUUAUUUUUUAUUGUCUUGAUUUCUGGUUACGUAUAAAGAGUACACGAUGCAGAAUAAGAAGACGAAAGUGGCUUCAAAAGCGAAAGUAGGCAAGGUUGGAUCGAAGAAUAAAGAUGACGCCCCUCACGAACUCGAAAGUCAGUUCAUUCUGCGGCUCCCUUCGGAAUAUGCCUCCACAGUUCGAAGAAUCGCACAGUCUGGCAGCGUGAACGUCAAGGACCGACUCACCAUAGAGCUUCACGCUGAUGGUCGCCAUGGGAUAGUGAGAGUGGACCGUGUCCCUUUAGCAUGCAAGCUGGUCGAUUUGCCCUGCAUUUUGGAGUCCCUGAAAACCGUGGACAAGAAAACAUUUUACAAGACCGCUGAUCUUUGCCAGAUGCUGGUUUGCACCGUAGACGGGGACCUGUACCCGCCCUUGGAAGAGCCCACCGGCACCACGGACCCCAAGAGCAAGAAGAAGGACAAGGACAAAGACAAGAAGUUUGUGUGGAACCACGGCAUCACUUGCCCUUUAAAGAACACCAGGAAGAGAAGAUUCAGGAAGACUGCGAAAAAGAAGUACAUCGAGUCCCCUGAUGUGGAGAAGGAGGUGAAGAGGUUGCUGAGCACAGAUGCGGAGGCUGUCAGUGUCCGAUGGGAGGUGAUCCCAGAGGAUGACACCAAGGAGGCAGAUAACCACGGAUCCUUGGCCAACCUGGACUCCUCUCCCGGGACGUCAGGGCACAAGAUGGGCCAUGGGUCCUCAGCCCAACGCGACGAGCUGCGUGAGAUCUUCAACGACAUCAGCAGCAGCAGCGAGGAUGAGGAGGACGACCGUCACGAGGACGAAGACCUCAACAUCAUGGACACGGAGGAGGACCUGGAGAGGCAGCUGCAGGAGAAGCUCAACGAGUCGGACGGCACGCGGGACGAGAGCGACGGGAACAGCCAGAUCGUGAUGGAGUACCAGGUGCAGAUCAACAGUGUGAAGACCAAGCUGCAGGAGACUCGGGCCCGUAAGAAACAGCAGGAGGACCUCAUCAUGAAGGUGGAGAACCAGGCGCUGAAGAACCGCUUCCAGGCCCUGCUGAAUGAAAUUAUCCACCAGGAGGAGCGCGAGAUGGAGCAGCUGGCGUCCUUGCAAGAGCAGUUGGACUCGCUGAUUGAGAAGUGACCAGCAGAGGGCGCUAGAGACAAGGCAUUAAACGGCAGCCCCCGGUAAAGAGAUCACAAAACCAACCACACCGAAGACGCACGGAUUUCUGCCAGGGUCUUCCGUAGGUUGCGGUGACUCACAAAAUGGACUCAAAUAUGCAAAAUUGCUUAAUGUGAGCAUUUUGUUUCAUACAUGUACAUUUUUAUUUUAUGAUUAGUGUUUCUAUGGUGUUGUUUCAUUUGCCUUUAAACACAGCUUUUAGCAACUGUGUGCCUCUUGCUUCUGUAUCAGUCUUGAAUUAAAACUCAACUCGA